UCUGCAUGGUGCUUCUCUGCCCCACUGUUCCACUCUUUCUCCCGCCGCAGCCCGACUCCCGUGUUUGUGAUCAUGGAGGUAAGCCCCGCCCCUCAGUCCAAAGACGUCGACCUGACAGAAGACCUGGGACAGCGGCUGGAGGACAUCAUCAGCACCUACCAGAGCUCCACCUCUGACACCCCCACCCCAGGGUGCCCAGCUGAGGGGAGUGUAACCUCAACCCCGUCCUCCCAGACCCCCCUGGAGCCCCCCACGGACCAGGACGACUCAGAGGAGCUCACCCCCAUCACCAGGAAGGACCAGAAACCAGAGAAGAAGAUGCUCAAGAACCUGGGGAAAGAGGCCAUGCAGCUGAUGCAGAGUCUCAACAAACUGGAGACGCCCGAGAAGAAGCUGGAGGCUGUGAUCAAGAAACACGCAGAACUGUUGGAGGAGCACCGCAGUGAUCAGAAACAGCUGAAGUUGCUGCAGAAGAAGCUGCUGCAGGUUUUGAAGGAGAAGGAGCAGCUCCAGGCUGAGCACAGCCGAGCUGUGUUAGCACGAAGCAAACUGGAGGGACUGUGCAGAGAACUCCAGAGGCACAACAAGACACUAAAGGAGGAGACUUUGCAGCGGUGCCGAGAGGACGACCUGAAGCGCAAGGAGAUCACGAGUCACUUCCAGGGAACGCUGACGGAGAUCCAGGCCCAGAUCGAAGAACACAGCACCAGGAACACCAGGCUCCUGCAGGAGAACAGCGCUCUGGCCGAGAAGCUCAAGGGCCUCAUCACACAGUACGACGCUAGAGAGGCUAAUCUGGAGAAAGUUUUUAAACACCGCGACUUAAAGGAGCAGCUCCUGGAGACGAAGCUGAACCAGGCCAACCUCCUGCUCAAGGAGGCUGAAGAUAAACACAAGCUGGAGAGAGAACUGCUUCUGACCCAGACGGCGGAGUGUAAGCUGCAGAUGAAGGCCCUGAAGGAGCAGGAGGGAGAGAUGAGAGCACAGCUGGACAUGUACUCCAGGAAGUUUGACGAGUUUCAGGGCACCGUCUCCAAGAGCAACAGCGUCUACAGCGGCUUCAAGCAGGACAUGGACAAAAUGUCAAAGAAGAUGAAGAAGCUGGAGAAGGAGUGUCAGUCCUGGAAAAGUCGUUUUGACAACUGCAACAAGAACCUCAUUGAGAUGGUGACAGACAAAACUCUUAAGGACAAAGAGUUGGAGCUGAUUCUGUUGAAAAACCAAAAACUGGAGAAUCUUUGCCGCGCUCUGCAGCAGGAGAGGAAAGGUCUGCUGGACAAGAACCAGAAAGAACCAGAGUCAGACCAACCAGAACUAAACCAGGACUCCACUGAAGCACCCAAGCCCACAGAGGAGCAGCGUCCUGAGGCAGAGCUCACCGCAGACUCCCCCUCUACUCCUCCAGAGGCUCCAGCAGCACCAGCCCCACAACCGGCCCCACAGCCACAAUCUACCCCAAAACCAGCCCCACAACCGGCCCCUCACCCACAAUCUACCCCAAAACCAGCCCCACAACCGGCCCCUCAGUCUACCCCACAACCGGCCCCACAACCACAAUCUACCCCAAAACCAGCCCCACAACCGGCCCCUCAGUCUACCCCACAACCGGCCCCACAACCACAAUCUACCCCAAAACCAGCCCCACAACCUGCCCCACAAUCUGCCCCAAAACCUGCCCCUGUUGCACCCGCACCCUCCCAGAAAGAAUCAAUAAAAUCUCAAGAACUGGCCCGACUCAAAGCUCAACAAGCAAGACUUCAGGAAAUCGCAAAUUCCUUCACGAUUUCCCACGUCAUCCCUGAAGAAUAUCUGAGAGACGACGAUGAGGAGGAGGACCAGGAGGAAGGGGGGGCAGAGGCAGCAGCUGAACCCCAGGACGAGGCUUGUUCUUGGGGAGAGAAAGCGAAAGGAGACGCUCCUGUCCUGGAGGAUGAAGAGGAGCAGAGGAGCAGAGAUCUGGAGAUGGAGUCUGUGGAUUGAACCAGUAAAAUAAUCACUGUGAAUUUUAAAUAUUUAACCUUAUUUGUAUAAAAUUUGGUCAAAUAAAACAAAAAAAGAAGAAAAAAAUG